AGCACCUAGUCUCAAAGCUUCGGACUGGGGCAGGCACAGCUUGCUUUUCCUGACAUCUCGCUGGCCCAGACAAGUGUCACAGUCAAUCUACCACCUGCCUGUAAAGAGAAAGAGUAGACCAAUGUGAGCAGUCCCGGGUACACUCGGAGCAGACUUCGAUUUGCAGGUCCUUACCCACCAAUGUCCUGCACGUGACCUUCGAGUCCCUGUUCCUAGGGACCUGAGAGGACACAUCCCCGUCUGAAGGUGCCAACCUCAACUCAUCCAACAGCUUGGGUGUCAGUGCCCUGUGUGCUAUCUGUGGAGAUCGGGCCACAGGCAAGCACUACGGAGCCUCGAGCUGUGACGGCUGCAAGGGAUUCUUCAGGAGAAGUGUGAGGAAGAACCACAUGUACUCCUGCAGAUUUAGCCGACAGUGUGUAGUGGACAAAGAUAAGAGGAACCAGUGCCGCUACUGCAGACUCAAGAAGUGCUUCCGGGCUGGCAUGAAGAAGGAAGCCGUCCAAAAUGAGCGGGACCGGAUCAGCACUCGGAGGUCAAGCUACGAAGAUAGCAGCCUGCCGUCCAUCAAUGCGCUUCUGCAGGCAGAGGUCCUGUCUCAGCAGAUCACCUCCCCCAUCUCUGGGAUCAAUGGCGACAUUCGCGCCAAGAAGAUCGCCAACAUUACAGACGUGUGUGAGUCCAUGAAGGAACAGCUGCUAGUUCUGGUCGAGUGGGCCAAGUACAUCCCAGCCUUCUGUGAGCUCCUUCUGGAUGACCAGGUGGCCCUGCUCAGAGCCCAUGCUGGUGAGCACCUGCUGCUCGGAGCCACCAAGAGAUCCAUGGUGUUCAAGGAUGUGCUGCUCCUAGGCAAUGACUACAUCGUCCCUCGACACUGCCCAGAGCUAGCAGAGAUGAGCCGAGUGUCCAUUCGCAUCCUUGAUGAGCUGGUCCUGCCCUUCCAGGAGCUGCAGAUAGAUGACAAUGAGUAUGCCUGCCUCAAAGCCAUCAUCUUCUUCGACCCAGACGCCAAGGGGCUGAGCGACCCGGGCAAGAUCAAGCGACUGAGGUCACAGGUACAGGUGAGCCUGGAGGACUACAUCAACGACCGCCAGUACGACUCUCGGGGCCGGUUUGGUGAACUCCUGCUGCUGUUACCCACCCUGCAGAGCAUCACCUGGCAGAUGAUCGAACAGAUUCAAUUCAUCAAACUCUUUGGCAUGGCCAAGAUUGACAACCUGCUGCAGGAGAUGCUGCUUGGAGGGUCUGCCAGUGAUGCACCCCAUGCCCACCACCCCCUGCACCCUCACCUGAUGCAGGAACACAUGGGCACCAAUGUCAUAGUGGCCAACACGAUGCCCUCUCAUCUCAGCAAUGGACAGAUGUGUGAGUGGCCCCGACCCAGGGGGCAGGCAGCCACUCCCGAGACUCCACAGCCAUCACCACCAAGUGGCUCGGGAUCUGAACCUUACAAGCUCUUGCCAGGAGCCAUUGCCACCAUCGUCAAGCCUCCCUCUGCCAUUCCCCAGCCAACAAUCACCAAGCAAGAAGUCAUCUAGCAAGCCGCUGGGGGUCGGGGGUUCUGCUGGCUCACACCUUCAGGGAGUGCCUGGGUGUAACUUAAGUCACAGCAAGGAAGAUGUGACAAGAGGGACAGUCCCAGAGCAGCCAUGGAAAGGGUGUGGGGCCCAGAAACAUGGGCUGAGUGUCACAUGCAUUGCCACCCCUGACCCCACACCCCGGAAGGCAGGGCUUUGCCUUGAGGAGACCCUGGCUAGGAAGUGCCUGGACUAUUUUUCCCAAGUUGAAGCCACUGUCUUCAUCUUUCUCCGUAUCUUCCCUCAGCUUCUUCACCCCUGAAGGAUGACUGUCUGCAGUCGCUGCAGGACCUUGUUUAAACACAACUCCCUUCUCCUCCCCCUGCUGGGACCUCUUCCUCCCUGGUGCUGGUCAGGGGGUCUGAAUACAAAGUUUCUGAGGCUGA